UGUUUCAGAGAAGGCGGGUGGUGCUCUUGUAAUUGGAAAAGCUUCGCGAUGUGACAAGACGCUUUGGCGAACACCGCAGCGAUUGAUUGCGUGAGAGGGAUUGAGUGGGUGCAACCGACCAAGAGAAUUUUCCGGUUACUGUCUUUCUUUCAGGCACACGUACCUUCGCGGUAAAUCGCAUCACAUCUUCUCUUCGUUUAGGCUACUCUCUCUACCCAUUCGGCGUAUUUCACUCGGAUAACUUCUCUCUAAAGGAAAAUACUGUUUAUGGUUUUGACCGAAGAUUUCAAGAUGUCUCGCACCGACGAGGUUCACCGCAUAACGGAGAAUGUCUACAAGUCCAUCAUGGAACAGUUCAACCCCUGCUUGCGGAACUUCGUUGCCAUGGGGAAGAGCUAUGAGAAGGCCCUAUCCAAUGUGACGUUUGCUGCUAAGGGCUACUUUGAUGCCCUGGUGAGGAUGGGAGAGCUAGCCAGUGAGAGCCAGGGAUCCAAGGACAUGGGGGACGUGCUGUUUCAGAUGGCUGAGGUCCACAGACAGAUCCAAGUACAGCUAGAGGAGAUGCUGAAGUCUUUCCACAACGAGCUGCUGUCUGAGCUGGAGAAGAAGGUUGAGCUGGAUGCUCGUUACCUGACGGCUGCGUUGAAGAAGUACCAAGUGGAGCACAAGAGUAAGGGAGAGAGUCUGGAGAAGUGUCAGGCUGAACUGAAGAAACUCCGCAGGAAGAGCCAGGGCAGCAAGAACCCCUCCAAGUACGGAGAGAAGGAGAUGCAGUUUGUGGAGACCAUCAGUAGUAAGCAGAGUGAACUGGACACCUUCAUAGCAGAGGGCUACAAGACUGCUCUGUCUGAGGAGCGCAGGAGGUACUGUUUCCUGGUGGACAGACAGUGUGCUGUGGCCAAGAACAGCAGCGCCUACCACGGCAAGGGUAAAGACCUGCUGACCCAGAAGAUUCCAGUAUGGCAGCAGGCUUGUUCAGACCCCAACAAGCUACCAGAGCGGGCCAUGCUCCUAGCCCAGCAGAUGGGCUCCGGGUCCAGCACGGGCACCGCUUCCCUGACCAUGGGGGGCUCCAGCCCCCUGAACACCUCCAAGUCUAACCUGUCCAACCUGGUCAUCUCUGACCCCAUCCCCGGGGCUCAGCCACUCCCUGUCCCCCCAGAACUGGCCGUCUUCAUGGGUGGUGGGCUGGGGCACCAGGCGAGGCUGAUGGGUUCAGAUGGGAUGUCCAUGGUGAACGGUACGACAGGACUCCACGGAGAGGAAGAGUACUGGACAGAGGGGGGGGUGUCAGUCUCCCAGCUCCAAGGAAGACCCUCCUCCCCCCAGGCCCCUUCCCUACCCCAGGGACAGGCCCCCACCCAGAGACAGGUCAGUGAGCACUACUCCAAUACCCUGCCCGUCCGCAGGCCCCAGCCUGCCAAGAACAAGACCUCUGUUGGUGAGACCCGUACCCUGCCCAGGUCUAGCUCCAUGGCAGCGGGGCUGGAGAAGAACGGUCGUGCCCGUGUCCAGGCCAUCUUCUCCCACGCGGCCGGAGACAACAGCACCCUGCUCAGCUUCUCUGAGGGAGACAUCAUCACCCUGCUGGUCCCAGAGGCCCGUGAUGGAUGGCACUAUGGGGAGAACGAGAAGAACAAGAUGCGUGGCUGGUUCCCCUUCUCUUACACACGGGUGCUGCCAGAGAGUGAGAAGGAGAAGCUCCAGGUGAAUCUGCACCAUGGGAAGAGCAGCAGCACUGGGAACCUGCUGGAGAGCGACAUGUCUCUGCCCAUGCCCGACUACGGCCUGACUGCCCGCCUGCUGGCACAGAGCCUGGCACAGAGCAGACCCAGGCCCUACAGCAUGGCAGGCUUUACCACACAGCCUGCCCUUGAGGACUAUGACAGUCGCUUUGCUGCUGCAAGUGGCGGUUGGUGGGUAGAGGAUGAGGAGGGCGCUGAGAGGGAGAGCCAGGGAGAAGCCCGUCCACCAAUCGGCUUGCAGCGUUUCCCACUCUGAACUCUUAACUUUGAACUUCUCUAUCUAAUCAAUGUCUGUGCGAGAGACAAAAUGGACACUACUAACUCUCAAUCUCAAACAAGAGACUGCCUUUGCCACUGCUUGUCUUUGACUUUCAUGCAUGUACAUGGUUGUGUCAUUUUGUUCAAUCUGAAAAGACAUGUUCGUGUACGGUACAAGUGCCAAAAAGAUCAACAUUGUAUACAGUCAUUGUACUUCACUCAGCCACUGAACUGGACUAAACUGCUUUUCUAAAGCACGUGGAAUGACUCAACAUGAUAAUGGAGACUUUGGAUGUGUCAAAUGGAACCCUAUUCCCUAUGUACAUUUGCCCAGGGCCCAUUCUAUGGGGAAUAGGUGCUGUUUGUGACGUAGCCUUUGUUUGCAUUGAGGCUGUGCAGAUAUUCUGUCUGUUGUUCCUUUGAUAUACACUAUGUGGCGUUGCACUCAUUGCCUGGUGUGACCUGUCAAUGCUGAAGUCGAUUUGAGGGGGUUUUCGACGGUGUCAUUAUGCCUUACUUCUGAAAUUUUCCUUUUUUUCUGUGGUAGUUUAAAUGUGCAACUUAGGUUGUGGAAUAUAAAUAUCUUAGUUUAACUUGGACACCCCUUUCAAAUUUGACGCAAGAAUCAACUUUUGUUUUAUCAACUUUUGUCUGGGUGAUCAUUACCAUCCAGGACGAAUUUGGUAUUUUCCUCUUUUUAUAAUUCUUAAAAUUAAGAUGAUUAUUUUGUUAAAAAUAUAAAUAAAUGUUUCACAGUGCAAAAUAUAUCUGGUUUCAAAUUCAGAUCACACUAUAUACAUCCAGUCCUUUCUAGGACCUCCUCCAAGCCAUCCCAUGAGUGGUCAGUCUGAAAUAUUCAUUUUCCUUCAAAUACUCCUUGAUGGAGCUCAGUUUGGACCUUUUCUGACCCCUGAAGAUGCUCUUUCAGCAGUUGGGGCAGUCAUCAUUGACCCCGCUACAACCAUUUGAACCUUCCAUGACCUUUGUCUAGUUUUCUCCAUAACUGCUGUGAUCUAGUUGAAAGAAAGUACAAACAAUAUGUUUAAUAAUAUAGGUAUCAUCGUAUGUCCUGAGUGAUUAUGUCCUUUUUUGGUCUUCAUUUCUUUGAAAAAUGCGUUAAGUGUUGUUGUAAAAAGAUUUCCAGAAAAAUAUAAAAUAUUUAUUUGAAUAAUAUAAAAAGUCAUUAUCUUUGAGCAUGCUACGGCGCAAUGAUCAGAAAUGUGAUACUAUUGAACUUUGACAUUGAAUGUAUGGUGACUUUUUACAAAAAGUAUUCUAAAUAAAACAUAUCUAUAUAUUAAUAAACAGUUUGUUCAGAGGAGAGAUCUGUUCUGUCAAAUUAAUGACUUAAAAAAUAGAUAUAUUUGAUAUGAUUUAAUUUAAUAUUUUUUCUAUUUUGAUUGACAUCAGUAUGUUUUGGACCAGUACUGGCCAAACAUAUGAAGUAUUGUCUGUUGUCAUGGCGUCUGCAUGGAACACACCUCAUCCCUACCUCUCCCUGUCCACCUCCUCCUCUAUGCACUACCUCUGGCGUCCCAUAGCAACCAAGCUCUGAUCGCCACUCCCAUAGCAACCAAGCUCUGAUCGCCACGGCAUCAUGAUGUGGUUUGAACCAUUUGAGUAUCAGUGUGUGUGGUGAAUGGCACUAUAGAUGUGUUCCUCUCCUCUCCUUCCUACCUCCUUUCUCUUCCUGCCUUCUCUCCUUUCUUUCCUU